CUGGGCAUAGGGUCAUAUAUAAAGUCAGUCAGUUGAAGCUGAGAGGAACAAGAGCAUCACUCCUCCUGCAGACAUGGCUUGGCUCAGUCAGAGUCGAGGUUCUCCCAAACUCGUGCUGGUGGUCGUGUGUGUCGCUCUGCUGCUGGACAACAUGCUGCUCACUGUGGUCGUGCCGAUCAUCCCCACCUUCCUGUACGCUAUGGAGCAUCCCAGCCCGGAGCCCCAGACCGCCCAGCCGUCCCUGCUGCCUCUGCCCAGCCGCGGUGCACCUGCCCUGGGCACGGCGCGGCCUCAGCUCCCCUCACCCAGCUCCAACCUCCAGGCCUCUGACCGGCCCGGCUACGAUGCACCUGUUCUGGGUACGGGGCCCCCCCGGGUGUCGACCCCCACCUUUUCUUCGUUGGUGUCCCUGUUUGACAACACGACGUUCAGCCUGCAGCCGGGCCGGCCCGAGCCGGCGGAGCAAGGCAGCCUGACAGCCGCCCAGCCAGCCAACCAGUCUGCAAACAGCACGGAGCGGCCGGCCUCCUGCCUUCAGGACAGCGUGUUCCUGGAGCAGGAGAACGUCCGGGUUGGUUUGCUGUUUGCCUCCAAAGCUCUGGUCCAGCUGCUGGUCAACCCCUUUGUGGGGCCGCUGACGAACAGGAUUGGGUAUCACACCCCCAUGUUUGCUGGUUUCAUUAUCAUGUUUAUAUCCACCAUCAUGUUUGCCUUCUCAGGAAGCUACGCUCUGCUGUUCUUCGCUCGCUCUCUUCAGGGAAUCGGCUCGUCUUUCUCUUCUGUGGCAGGUCUGGGUAUGCUGGCCAGUGUGUACACAGAUGAUGAGGAGAGAGGCGUUGCUAUGGGCGUCGCUCUGGGAGGACUGGCGAUGGGAGUCCUCAUCGGAGCUCCAUUCGGCAGUGUGAUGUAUGAAUUUGUGGGGAAGAGCGCGCCCUUCCUCAUCCUCGCCUUCCUCGCUCUGUUUGAUGGAGCGCUGCAGCUGUGCAUCCUGCAGCCGUCCAAGAUCUCUCCUGAGAGCGUGGAGGGAACUCCUCUGCUGACGCUGCUGAAGGAUCCCUACAUCCUCGUCAGCGCAGGUUCGUUGUGUUUUGCCAACAUGGGCGUGGCCAUCCUGGAGCCGACGCUGCCCAUCUGGAUGAUACAGACCAUGUGCUCCCCAAAGUGGCAGCUGGGUGUUGCCUUCCUUCCUGCCAGCGUCUCCUACCUGAUAGGAACCAACCUGUUUGGUGUUCUGGCAAACAAGAUGGGACGGUGGCUCUGCUCCAUGAUAGGGAUGUUCAUUGUUGGCGUCAGUCUGCUGUGUGUUCCGUUUGCCACCAGCAUCACGGGUCUGAUUGGACCAAACGGAGGCCUGGGCUUCGCUAUUGGCAUGGUGGACUCCUCCAUGAUGGCCAUCAUGGGUUACCUGGUGGAUAUUCGCCACGCGUCCGUGUAUGGCAGCGUGUACGCCAUCGCUGACGUGGCGCUCUGCAUGGGCUUCGCUGUCGGUCCGUCCACAGGUGGCGCUCUGGUCCAGGCGGUGGGUUUCCCCUGUCUCAUGGUGUUUAUCGGCGUCAUCAACAUCCUGUACGCCCCGCUCUGCUUCCUGUUACGCAACCCCGCCGUCCGGGAGGAGAAGAUGGCUAUCAUCGAUCAGGAGUGUGUGAUGCACAGGAAGAGUUACAACACACAGAAGGAGAGCCGUGACUUUCCUCUGAGCGACUACAGUGAAGAGGAGGAGACAGAGGAGUGA